AUGAUUACGACAUUGGCAUUACAGAAAAUCUCAACAAUACAAAGUAUAACAUCAGCCACUUACAUUCAAAAACAAAAUAUCACAAUUGCAUUUGCAAAUAGUUUAUCAACACUGUGUGAAUCAUUAAAUUCAACAAAAAUUUUAUUAACUGAAGCUUUAAAUAGUAAAGAAUUGGAAAUGGAGAAUAUUAACAAACUUAAUUCAUUACUAGCCAUUACAACGAACCUUCUUGAUAGAUCAACAAUAAUAAAAGAAUCUUUAAAGAAUAACAAUAAUUCUGAUAAAUUUACAAGUACAGUUCUGUUCGCAGCAUUGUUAUUUUCAAAAAUUGAAUGUGGUGCGAUUGAAGAACGUGAUCUACCAACUAUUGAAAACGCCGAAUAUGAAGAAAUACAAAGGGAAUUAGCAAGUAAACCACGUUUCUUAUUAGCUGCGAUUUUAGCGGCAAAAUUAGCAUUUCUUAAUUCACUUACAUCUACAACACCUGCUCCUACUGUAGCAACACCUACGCCAACACCAACACCUACGCCAACACCGACGCCAACUCCUACGCCAACCCCAACUCCAACACCAAACGGAGAACAUUUUACACCAGAAAACAUUAUCAAUUUGGAAACUGAAGAUGAUGUACGAUUAUUGGUUGGAUCAGGAAUUCCAACAUUGAUAGCUUCAUACUUAACUCAAAAGCUUAAUUUGGUUAAUGCAUUCACAACAGUAGCACCGACUAAUUCACUUACACCAACGCCAACACCAACGCCCACGCCCACGCCAACGCCAACACCUACGCCAACACCAACACCUACGCCAACACCUACACCUACACCAACACCCACACCUACACCAACACCUACGCCUACUCCAACGCCAACACCAACUCCGACCCCAACUCCUACACCAACACCAACUCCAACACCAACCCCAGACGGUGGUUAA